AUGGCGCGCGCAGGCAGGAGAUUUGGGCACGCGCGGGAGUUUUCCGCGCCCAAUCCAUCUCCACCUGCCAUAUCUCCUGGCUCCCCCCAUCCGCCUCCAUCUCCACCUCGUACCCUCCUCGUCUCCGAUUUGGGUGCGCUCGAGAUGUCCAUGGCAUCUGCAGCUAGGAAGAAGAAGGGGGCCACACCGUCAGCGUUGGAUGCGGCGGUGGCGGCCCCAACCCGUACAGUCGGUCGCGGUGGCUUCUCGGCGCCAACGGCUCUCUCUCUCGGUCGUGGAGGCGGCUCGGCGGUGACAGCCCGCUCUCUCGGACGUGGCGGCAGCUCAGCAGCAGGGACCAGCCCAACCACCGGUGGUGUCGGCAAGGGCGCGUCAACGGCGCCAUCCUCCAUUGAUGGAUCCAGCUUUGGUGGCUUCCGCAGCAUAGAUAGAUUUCCGUUCCCUCAUUCACCAUCUGAAGCUUGGUUUGAUGCGGUCGGUAGCGAUCCCUCUUCUCCUGGAUCAUGGGACAAAGAUCCACGUCCAUUUGGUGGUUUCAUGAGCUACUUCGGAAAUCAGCCACACAACUUUCAUUUGGUUGGUGCACCUAUUCACAACAGCCCUUUGAAUAGACCACUAUCCACCAACAAUGAUGCAAGUUCACAGCGUGAAGUAGAAAUCUUACUUGACAAUGACAAUGUUAGGACUGAGAAGAGGAUCCUAUGGAUAGAGGAAGAGGAUCUUAGAUUGAUGAGUGCUUGGAUAGAACAUUCAACAGAUUCUACCUGUGGAGCCGAUAAGGGUGGUAACCAGUAUUGGGGUGAGGUUGUUGAAUCCUACAACAAGACUACCCCACCACUUCGAAAGAGAAAUCUGAAGCAAUGCAAGGAUAGAUGGCACAAGAUUAAUAGGUGGAUGGACCUCUUUGAAUGUGCUUAUGUAAAGGCUCGCAGAGUAUUUACAAGUGGAUAUUCCAAUCAAAUGUGGAUUGAUGUAGCCCACAAGUUCUAUGCGGAGGACAACAAAGAUGCAAAACUAGGACCUUUUGUUGGGAUUGAGGUUUGGAAAACUUGUCAAGAAGUGUCAAAGUGGAAAACAUACAAUGAAGAGCUGAGGAAUGCACGUAAAAGGAAAUCAUUUCACCUUGAAGAAGAAAGGGAUCAGGAAAAUGAUGAAAGUUUGGAAGAGAUGCCAAAACGACCAAUGGAUCAAAAGGCAGCUAAAAAGGCAGCUCUAGCUGCAAAAGGCAAGUCAAAAGGCUCCAGCAGUGAAGAUGAUGAUAACUCAAAGGAAUCUGCUAUUGAUCUAGACAAAUUAGAUAGAUUUAGUAAAUACCAGGAGGAAAAAAAUGCAAACCUUAUGAAGAUAUUGGAACUGCAGCAAAAGCUAUCAUCUGAGAAGCUUGAGACCACAAAACUUGCCCACCUUACUGCACAAGAGACCAAAGAGGGAAAGAUGCUUGAGAAAGAAUUAAAGAUGAUGGAGGCUUAUAACAACCUCAUCUUACAAGAUACAAGUUCAAUGUCCGAUGUGGAAAAGGCGAAGCGAGUUGCUGCCAUAAAGUGUCUUAGGAAGGCCCUUUUUCCUGAAAGUGUCUGA